CUCUCUCUCAAACACACACAAAUAGGUUGGAGGAAAACAGACAGACAGGAGGAAAGAGGGGCGAGGAGGGAGGGGAAAAAAAAAAGCUAAUGCCGAGAAAUCCAGCCUGUCUCCAGCUCUGGCCAUUUUCUUGAAUCAUAAUUUGAUUUGUGGACUCUGAAGCUGGAAGGAGAGAGAGAGAGGGGGAAGAGGAGCACCCAUCCCUUCUACCCCCCACCUCCUGUUCGCCUGAGCCAUAGGAAAAGGCUUCACACACACACACACACACACACACACAGACGAAAAGCAGCACACAGGGCUAGGCCGCAAGUCAUUAGUUCUUGGUGGGCAAGCACUGACAAAAGGCUGGAGGGAGAAGCCCGCAUGAGUGCCUGGAGAGGAACCACAGGAACUAUGGAGGGCUGAGCAGGCGGACAGCUCUCUCCUGCUUUCUUGAUUUUUUUUUUGGUUUUUUGUUUUCCUCUGGAAAGGAAGCAGCACAGAGGAUACUAUCACAGCCGAGCACUCGUGCUACAACACGCAGGGAAGAGCGAGCACUUCCUUGUGUUGAGGAUCUACUUGUGUUGUGUAUUUUGGACUUGUGAGCACAGGCGGUCCACGUCGCCUCGUCCGCCUGCUGCUGCCGCCACCGCCACUGCAGCUGGUGGUGCCCUGAGGAAGCCCACGGCCACAUGAAGGCGGCGUUGUUGUUUUUGUUGUUGUGUGGACGUCAAGUUGAUUUGCUUGAUCUGGAACAUCUUCAUUGUGGGUCACAAUGCUGCUGCUGCUGCUGAGAGGAUUACAGCAGAAUAGGAGAGCUGUGUCUGCGCUCUCAGCCCUACUGGAUGGGAGGAAGAUCUAGAGUGAGAGAAGGAUUUAUUUUCUCCACCGACACAGCACAUAAAUGUUUGGUCUGAGGUUCCCUGGCUGAGAGCGUUCGACCGGUGCAACGUCGGAGCAGGCUUUCUCUUCAACCAUCUCAGGAACUGGUCCCAAAGAAAAGGACAAAACACAACACACGGCGGCUGCCAGUUGGAUAAGGGAAGAAGAAAAAAGGGGAAAAAAAAGAAGGGGGUGGGGGGGUGGGAACUGAAAUCCACAAGCAUGCAAAACUAAAAGUUGCCACAGUGAAGACUGUUUCCAGGUCAUAGUGGAGUGGGAGGAGACUGAGCUGCUCUUGUUUUCUCUGCCAAACACCCUCCUCCUCAAUGCUAGAGACUGUUUUUUUCCCUCAUUGACAUCUGCUUGUUCAGCCUGAGGACUUUUUUUUUCAUCUGUUAUUUGCUCCAAAAUAAUCAAGAGAGUAGAUUAGUAGAUUAAGAAAUGAGAACACAGACAAGCAGAAAGCACUGAUUCUCUCCAGGUGAAAGGGAAACACACAUUCAGGACUUUUUUUUUUUUUUUUGGAUAUUUAUGUUACCUUGACAGCAACCAGAAAUCUUGGCUGCCUGUCCCAUUUUCCUCUGCGGUGGUUCGGUAACCAAGCGAUGGCCAUGGUGAGUGGGGGCUGGGGAGAUCCCAAUGGGGGCACCAACGGGUUGGGGGACAAGGGCUACCUGAGGGGGGAAGAGGAAGACGGCUCUCCGCAGGCGGGAGGGAGCGACAUGGAAGCCGGGGACGACGACAAGGCGUGCGUGGUGGACUGCGUGGUGUGCGGGGACAAAUCCAGCGGGAAACAUUACGGCGUGUUCACCUGCGAGGGCUGCAAGAGCUUCUUCAAGAGGAGCGUCAGACGCAACCUCAGCUACACUUGCAGGUCAAAUAGAGAGUGUCAGAUUGACCAGCACCACAGGAACCAGUGCCAGUACUGUCGCCUGAAGAAGUGUUUCCGCGUUGGCAUGCGCAAAGAAGCAGUUCAACGCGGCCGCAUCCCACCGCAGCCAAGCCUCAGCCCCUCCAUCACGCCCAUAGGUGGCGCCAGCGGCCUCGGAGGUGGUGAGUUUUACAACAACAACAACAACGGGGGAAGUGGCGGGGGUCAGCCGGUGUCAGAGCUCAUUUCUCAGCUGCUGCGAGCCGAGCCUUAUCCCAGCAGUCGAUAUGGGCACCAGUACAACCAACAGGCCGGUCCGGAUAACGCCAUGGGCAUUGAUAAUAUCUGUGAACUGGCUGCCAGGCUACUCUUCAGUACUGUGGAGUGGGCCAGAAACAUCCCAUAUUUCCCUGAACUUCCUGUUUCGGACCAGGUGGCCCUGCUGAGGCUGAGCUGGAGCGAGCUGUUCAUCCUCAACGCAGCUCAGUCGGCCCUGCCGCUCCACAUGGCUCCCCUGUUGGCAGCGGCGGGUUUCCACUCCUCGCCCAUGUCCGCCGAGCGCGUGGUGUCCUUCAUGGACCAGGUGAGGGUGUUCCAGGACCAGGUGGACAAGCUGACCAGGCUGCAGGUGGACUCAGCUGAGUACAGCUGUCUCAAGGCCAUCGCGCUGUUCUCGCCAGACGCAUGUGGUCUAACAGACCCAGUCCACGUGGAGUCUCUGCAGGAGAAGGCUCAGGUGGCUCUGACAGAGUACGAGAGGAUGCAGUACCCCAGUCAGCCCCAGCGCUUCGGCCGCCUGCUCCUGCGCCUCCCUGCCCUGCGCGCUGUUCCCGCCAACCUCAUCUCCCAGCUCUUUUUCAUGCGCCUGGUAGGAAAGACCCCCAUCGAGACACUGAUCCGUGACAUGCAGCUUUCCGGAAGCUCGAUCAGCUGGCCGUAUGUCCCAGGACAGUAGCCCUCCCCUGCCCUCCCCCCAUGACGGAUGAGGUCUCCGUCUGGGAUUUGUGACGACAAGGACCCACAGGAAACCUCCUGACUCAUCACUAUCCAUCUGUGUGGUUAUCGAACUGCUAUGCCAGCUGGCCGUCAUACGUACAGUACUGUAACCUCUCUACCCCACCCCCCACCCCCACCCUCAUGAAACGAGCCCUCUGUCUCCACAUGGGCCUCCAAAGAAGAGAGAGGAGCCAGUGCCAGGCUGGAUCUGUCUUGUUGCCAGCCCAGUCGUUCUGGUGCCGGGUCUCAGGCCAGAGACCAGCUCUUCACGCUGGGCUCCGAUAUGGUCGUCACAGCCAGUCAUGUCACCACCCACUUGCCAUAGUGACUAAAGACACUGCAGAUUCAUGUAGAGGGCAGCAGCACCCUGCUACAAAUACAUCUAGAGGACAAAACUGUCCCGCCACUGAAAAUCAGCGGAGUCAUUUUUCCCACACAGGGGCUCAUUUUCCAUGGCACACCAUUUGUGAUACAAUGUACACAUAUAAUGACUCUAACUGAACAGUCUAAAGCAUCAGAAAACUCUGUGGUUGUGCUGUGAACUAAAUACAAGGCACAGCAAGGGCCUGGUUGUUGAAAAGAGAAUUCUGGAUUCUCCACUCUCUCGCCUCAGCGCUCGAGGAGGAAACCAAGGAACUGCUCAGAACGGAAAUGAAACAAAAACCAAGGAAAACUCACCAAAGUCUAUCACAGCAUCCUCAGAUGAUUUUUAAAUAGAAUAAUUAGUACACACAGCAGAAGCAGAGAAGGAGAUGAACGGACUCUUGUGACUGCCUGGCCGGCAAGUGAACAAUGCAUUUAAAUUCAUUCACAGGGCUCACUUUCGCUGUAGUUAGAAAUGAUUUAAAAACGCCACAGUUACAUGAGAGCGGGACUAAUACCUCACUAGACAUCAGAAUGCUUUAGUCUGAUAUUUCCUAAACACAAACCUCUGUAAAUGUCGUUCACCAGAAACCGCCUUCUUUUUGACAACUGCCUUGUUAUUCAGUAUGAAUUUGGGACACCUAUGAAAUACGAAAUGAGUCUUACGUAUUCGUCUUGUAUCUUUUUAAAAAAAAAAAAUCCCCACAGUGAUUUUGACUUGUGUUUUGAAUAUGAGUUUGACUGAAUACGGUGAAUUCAGCUAUUUAACGUUGUUGGAUCGAGCUUUUUUUUUUUUUUUUUUGUUAUUGAGAAACAACAGGCUGACAUACACCUAAAUUUAACCUGGGUUCCCGUACAACAAACAAUUCAAGAUAUUAAGAAUGAGUUCCACAAAUGUAAUUGGUGAUUAGUUAGCUUAUAACCAACACUACAAGUCCAUCAGUGCUGUUUCUGGAGGUAACGAUCCCUUGAAAAAUGUAUUGAAUUGUAUAUAUAUUGCAGCCAACUUUGUCUUUUUGCAUGUUCAAAUGUUGUUUUGGAUCUCUGCUAAGUUGAGACUGUUUCCUUCUUUUACCUUAUGUAAUUCAAGGUUCAUUUAAACAUUAAAGUAUUGCUUUCCCUGUUAGCUCCUAAAUGUUUUUUUCUAUAUGUAUUUACAUGAAAAAUACCUCUGUCAUCUGUUCAGAUGUCAAAAAAAAAGAAGCUUAUCUUCACGCCAUUACAGCGGAUUUGACGUAGAGAUGCUCUCAUCUCUGAGCAUCUGAGUGAGUCUCUGCUGUUGUGAGUGAUUGUGAGACCGUGUUGUAAUGAAUGAGGAUGCACUUGGAGGAUGUUCAAUGCCAAAACAUCACACUGUCUGUGACGAGUUAAAAGGAGAUGGGGCCCAGAUUUGCCGGUCCACCAGGACUUACCUCACACGGGUAUUUCAAGAGGCGAGUUUACAAAAAUCACAAAUAAAAUCAACUCUAAUUACAACAUAUUUCAGCAUUUAUUGAUAUUAAAAAAAAAAAUCUAAAACAUGAAAUCAAAGGAUUAAACUCUGCUUCUUGAUCUGCCAAUGGGCCUUUUCAAGGUUAUUCGGAUGUUCUUCUUUUAGGCAACAACUCACACAACCAUGUCAUAGAGAAGAAAAAAAAAAGAUAAAUAUACUAUUAAUGUUUUCUUAUCUUUGUGUUACUGAGUUCUUGAGUUUUUAAGAUUUCAUGUGUAUGGCAACGUUAUUAAAAGAAUCAAAAGAUGACAA